UGUCGAGCUGAACACAACUAACAAGGAGAUUCCUGUAGACAUUAUGGCUUCUAGUGUUAUGGUAAGAAAGAAUGUAAUUUAUAAAUUUAUAAAAGUACUUUAUUGUUUUACGAUAUUUAAUAAAACCGUAAUAAUAUAAUCAAUUCGUUAAAAUAAUUAACGUAAGAUUAUCGAAAAAGCUCAGAUGAUUUACAUCGUUCAUAUUAAACAUGUAUAUUCAGUAUAUUAUAUUUUUAUAUCAGUGAUUAUUUUAUUUUAUUAUACAAACAGAACAAUUGAAUUUGACGUGAUAGCAUAUCUCCUAGUGGAGCUCGUAACGGAAUAACAAAAUUAUAAUAAAUUAAUGUAUAAAUGUAUACUUUUAAAAAAUAUUUGAGUAUUAUUUAAAGGACUCUUCAAAAAUGAUAUUUAAAAUAUAAUUCAAAUAAUAUUUUUGUAAUAUAAGUAAGUACAAUUUUAUAAUCAAUAUUGAUUAUAAAAAUGCAGUUACCCAAAUGGCGAUCGCUUCGCUAACCAUACACUCCCUUAAAUAGCACUACCUGCAUCGUUUAUUUAUUAAAACAAUUAUUAAAAUCAGUAAAAUUAAAAUCGCGAUAAACUAUUAAAAUUAAAAUUAUAUUUAUAGAAAUUGACUUAAUAUAUAUAAAUAUAUAAAUAUUUUUAACAAGACAUAAUAAUUGUCGAGAAGUAGCUUAUACUAAGUUGACUAAAAUAAAAAACACCAGAAAUUUUUAAUUUAAACGCAUAANGUAAUUUUACUAAAUAUUCAAAAUGUAUUCGUUUUCCUGAAUAAUUUUAAGAAUAAUUAAUUCUUUAUGACACUUAGAUUAUUGAUACGAUAUUAUAAAUAUUAUAUAUUAUUUUUUCAGAUUCAAGCCGCUAUAAUAGGAUUCCUGGUUAUAUCAACCGCGUUCGCAGACACUAAACUACUAAAGAAAAACAAUAAAAGAUACUCUCUAGAUGUAGAAAAUAUCAAUUUACAAUCUUCGGUCCCAUCUGCAUUUUCAUCUGGCUCUCGAUACUUCGGCCCAUCUACGCCAGCACCCUUCAUAUUUGACAGCUCGUUCUCGAGAACUUCUGCACCGUUCAAAUCUUUUUCAUACAGCUCUACUCCAGCUCCAUUUAUAUUCGGUAAUUCGCUCUCGUCGAGUUCCUUUUCAAGAGGGGCUGUAGCUAAUGCUAUCGAUGGAUCUUCCACACCAGCACCCUUCUUCGGUGGAGAUUCAUUCUUUGGAACGGUAACCGUUGACAGACCGGUGCCUUAUCCAGUAGAAAAAAGCGUCCCUUACCCGGUUCAAGUUCCAGUCGAAGUUAAGGUUCCUGUACCUGUCUCCGCUCCAACUCAACGAUUCGCCACCGUCCACUACUAUCAAGGGUCUCCAGCAGCUUUAGGAUAUGGCUCCUCUCAAGCUCUUAUCGGCAAGUCUGGAUACAAUCAAUUCUUAUCCGGUGCCGGUCCAACGUACGGCAGUUCAUUGUACAGCGCCAAUUCUAGCCCUGCUAGCUUCUACAGUUCUACUCCCGCUUCGGCAAGUUUGUUCGGUUCCUACGCGGGUGCAUUAAGUGGAUACAGCUCAACCGCUAGCCCACUAAACGCGUACAGCUCGACUGCAGCCAGUCCAGCCGGAUUUUUCGAUUCCAAUGUUGCCCAAGAAGGUUUCGUAAGCUCAACAUCAUCGCCUUUCGGUUUCGGUCAGAAUUCGUUCUAUUCUUCUUCAACACCCGCCCCGUUCAAUUCUUUUUCGGCCGAUUCAGCCUCGGUUGAUUCAUCGUUAUUGACCGAUUCGGCCAAUUGGGGAUCUUCUGCAGGAGAAACUGUUGCCGCUGAAGAUUCGAGCACUGAACAAUUAAAUAUUGUAAAAAAAUAGAUAUCUAAUCACACGUACUUAUUUGUUAAUACAUUUAUGAAAAAGUAUUUGUCUGUAAACAAUAUUGAUGAAACAUUGUAUUGGCAAUUCUAUAUUAUUUAGAAUUUUAGACUGCAUUCAUAAAAUACUAUUGUAUAACUCAAUUUUUUGAAAUAACCAAAAUAUAAAAAUCAUAUUUUAUGAGUAUAAUUGAUUAUUUGUAUGAAAUCAUUUCAAUUUAUAUCUUUUUACGAAUAGUACAACAUUGUCAACUAAAUAAUAUUCCUAAUAUUAACAAC